GGAGGGCAGUAUGCUGUAUGCCGAUGAUGCCGGCGUCAUAUCGAGGUCUACAGAAGGACUGGCGAGAAUGAUGACCAUCAUCGUUGAGGUGUUCGGGGAGUUCGGGCUAACGGUGUCGGAGAAGAAGACGGAGACGCUCUUGAUGCGCGAAAAGGACAAGCCGACUACAACAUCACAUCCCACCCCGCCUCCACCACUGACCAUCGAAGCCGCGGGACAGAAAUACGCCCAGACGACCGAGUUCCGGUACCUCNUAUCGAGGUCUGCAGAAGGACUGGCGAGAAUGAUGACCAUCAUCGUUGAGGUGUUCGGGGAGUUCGGGCUAACGGUGUCGGAGAAGAAGACGGAGACGCUCUUGAUGCGCGAAAAGGACAAGCCGACUACAACAUCACAUCCCACCCCGCCUCCACCACUGACCAUCGAAGCCGCGGGACAGAAAUACGCCCAGACGACCGAGUUCCGGUACCUCGGUGGCCUCGUCAACGAACAUGGCGACCUCACCCGGGAGAUCAACUACAGGAGCAGAGGAGCGUGGGCGUGCCUCAGGCGAUAUGGCCGGGAGCUCUUCGACAGACCGCAAGCGCCAUUCCGACUCAAGAUCCGCCUGCU